AUGCGGUGCGACUUCGUGAUGUUAUCGUGGAAGCAUGCGAAAGCAGAACAUAAAUCUGUCAGAAUGGCCACUGCACUAGCAUCCGCGCCCGCAGCGGCACCCAUCGCAAAAGCCACACAAGUCACAGGCGUGCGCAAGAACGGCAAAGACUGGCACGCCCCACGCAAAGCCUUCCGACCUACGGCAGGUCAAACGAGCUAUGCCAAGCGAGCGGAGAAAGAGGCUCAGACGGCAGAGGUCAAGAAGUUGGAGCGGGAGAUGAAGGCUGAGAAGGAAGAGGAGAGGCAGAGAAGGAUACAGGCGAUCAAGGAUAAGAGGGCGGCGAAGGAGGAGAAGGCGAGGUAUGAGGUUAUGGCGCAGAAGAUGCAUGCCAAGAGGGUGGAGAGGUUGCGGAGGCGGGAGAAGAGGAAUAAGAUGCUGAAGUCUUGA